UUCUUCACAGGGUACACACACACAGUCAACCUGAUCCACACUUCUGCUAUGUGCCACAGACAAGUGUUCAGAAAGAAUGAGGUCAUAACUAAGGGACCCCUUCAUGUCUUCAAUCAACUUUAUUCUACAAUACAGACCAAGGCCUCUUACACACAGUUUCUGACCAGGCCUGGCCUGACCACUGUGAUCUGAUCACCUGGAUAAUUAACAGGAUCUAUAAAUCCCAGUGCAGGACUUAACAUUUGUUGCUGAAGCAGAAGUGCAUUCAUCUGAUCGGGCCACCAUGAUGUCCGACGAGUACCUGGUGGAUUGCAAGAUAAGUGACGAUGAUGAUGAUAGUGAUGAUGAAGAAGAUGUGCAGAAGAUUCAGCCAUCUUUAACCCCCCCACCACAGUUCUCUUCUAUCUCCCAAUCCUCGUUUACUAAUGAAUCCAGGGACCCCUAUGGAGUCAACAACCACUUAAAGGUAGAUUUUAGUGAUGUUUUGGCUGAGCCCGCCUCCACCCGCAGCUACGACCGUGUGUGGGUGUACAGCGGCAUUGGAUUUGAAUCGGCGCGGAUCUGGAGCUACCGCUGCCUGACCGCAGUGUGUGCUGUCCCUGUGUCCUGCCUCUCCGGCUGUCUCUUCGCUCUGCUGGCCUGUUUACACAUCUGGUGUGUGAUGCCCUGUGUACAGGUGUGUCACACUUGUCUGCCGUGCGUGAGGUCACUGUGGAUGAGUCUGGUGAAUAUCUUCCUCAUGCCGCUCUGCGAGUCCGCUGCCCGCUGCUGUAGUGGAGUCUACAUAUUACUUUCCAAGGAGUGAGCAGUGACAGAAACGCACAGCUUCUUAAUAGAAGUCCACACUUAUUGAGAAGAGUAUUAUGUUUUUUUUAUCCAGUCAACACAUCUGUAUUGCAGUAGAGCAACGAAUGAAGCUAAGACAAGCUUUGUUACUGCAGUAACAAAUCACUGUUUUGUUUUCUAACUACCUCUUUUUAUCUGGCAGGAUUGAUUUUAUUAUCAUUAUUAAAAUAGUGAUUAACAAUAACUAUAUAUAUUUAUUUCAAGUUUGGUGCAGAAGACUUUCAUUAUUACAGAGUGAGAUUUCAAAAAUCUUUAAAAUACCACGUUUUAAUAUAAAAAGAAAACUUGGCACUUGGCAUUAAACUAAAUUCUAAAAAUCACCAGAUUUACAUGGAAUCCACAUCAUCAAGUUAUACUUUAUUAAAAAGAUUUUGUUGUGUAUGUGCAGUACUCAUUACUUGCAGGUGUUUUUUUUUUUCAUUUGAAUUUCCCACUAGGCUCUGUUUUUUUGUAUUUUAUACAUAUGAAAAAUAAAAUGCCAUUUAAUUGAUCAAAAUGAA